AUCAAUCAGCGUGUCCUAAGUGUACGCCUAAGCAUAUGCUUUCCGCCGUUUUGGCUCCAUUCCCGAAGUGUUUUUUCUUGUGCUCCAUAGCCCAGAUUUAGCCUGCUCCGUUCUUCUUGUGGAAGUCCACAGGCUGCUCUCAGAAGGUGUCUUGGAGCUGCCAGAACGAUUUUCCUCUUCAUAGUCGGUUUGACGCUGGUUUGAAAGCCGGGGUUUGAUAGUAUCCAUCCACGGCGGGAACCGUUUCGUCGUGUCCCUUUAGCGUCGUACUCUGGCAUUCAGUAAUGGCUGCUCGACAAAUGGCUGUGCUUAUCCUCGCCCUAGCUGCGUCCUGUCUAAUCACUUCCGAAGCGGCGAAGUACAACGGUCAGCAGCAGCUCACCGCGAUUCGCGGAGCGCUUAAAUCCAAAGGUUACAAGAAAUUCGACGCCUUUCUCGAAUCGACCGGCUUCAUUAAGAGUCUCCUGCCGGUGCUUAACGACUGGAAUGUGACCGUCCUCGCGCCGGUCGACUUUGCCUGGAAUACGAAUUCCGCGAAAGCGGACAUGGCGGACAAGAAAAAGGCUCCGCAGAUCAUUGGUUAUCACUUCAUUGUGGGAAAGCGAACGUUCAAAGAGAUGCUGAAAUACAAGACCGGCACCGAGAUGGUGACGCUCAACUAUCAAAUGAAGAUCCUGAAUGUGCGGGCCGCCUCGGGCGUGGUGCGCUUGGGACCCUCGAUUGGAGCAAAGUACACUGGAAAGAUCAGCAAGCCUGGCGUUUUCAAUGGGAAGAUUAAUAUCGUUCACGGGGGUUGACACGGUGAUUCGCCCGCCGUGGUACCAGGGAAUCAAGGGAGGGAAGUAGGGAUAAAGGGAGGGCAGUUGUAAUCAAGGGAGGGGAGGAGAUAAACGUACUUCGUGUACAGCUUGUUUGGCUCUGAUUUCAAUGGGAAGAGGCAUGAAGACUAUGGGGUUGAAGCACCAGUGCCCUUAGACUGCAUCUGCAUACCAGUACAACCAUUGAUUGCUAGUAUUCCAAGUGCCCUUUCGCAUGAAUUUGACAGCUGCAUGCUGUGUUCAUUCUCUAUCUACUUUAUCUGCAUCUUUUUACGUGAAGAGAUGACAACAC